AUGCCCAGCGCGGCGGCGCUGUCGCACGGGAUCUUCCGCGUCGCCUUUGAGCGCGCGCUCGAUGACGUCGCGGAAUCCAUCAGCGCCAUCGCGCGCGCGGUGACGACGACGAACGCGGCGAUAGAGACGCCCGGUGCGAAUGAUGAUCCCACGACGACGACGUGCGCGGACGCGCUGCGAUCGUGGACGCGGUUUCGAGCGCGAUACGCGAAUCACACGCGAGCGGAGGACGAGGUGCUGUUCCCGACGAUCGCGACGAGGAUCGAUAACGUGACGAAUUCGUACGAGUUUGAGCACGAGGCGGAGGAGUGGUUGUUCGCGGAGGUCACGACGACGCUGGAGCUGUGCGCGCGGAUGGGAGCGAGGGAUGAGAGCGAUGACGACGCGUCGACGAGCGUGCGAAAGGCGGCGCGGAUCGCGCACGCGACGCGGACGACGCUCAAGGCGCACUUGCAAAAGGAGAGCGAACACGUGGUGCCGCUCGUGGAACGGGCGUUCGAUCGACGGGAACAAGGGGAGAUGGUGUGGCGGUUCGUGAGCGCUCUGGGAGGGGAUUUGGGAUCGGUCGAACGCGUGAAGACGAUUCGGGAGAUGCUGGAGUGGGCGGCGAUGACGAGCGAUGACGAGACGGUGGACGCGCUGGAGCGGGAACUCGGAAACGCGGCGGACGGAGACGCGGCGGCGGCGUUGAGACGGGCGUUCAAGGGCACCGAGCGCGACGCCGCGCUGAAGGUUCCAAUCUUACGCGCUCUGUUCACCGCGGGACAGGAGAAGACGGAGGAGGAGACCGGGCAGGAGGGCGCGAGCGGUCGCGUGGAGACGCACGAACCAGCUAGGAAGAGACGCCGUCAAGCCGCCGGGACGUCGGGUACGACGACGGAGAGCGAAGUGCAAAAGAUGCUGCCGAUCGAUCACAUCUUCCAAUUUCACGGCGCGCUUCGAAAUGAACUCGCGAGAUUAGAGCACGACAUUUUGGCCAUUUCGAGCACGGGCACGGCGGCGGAGGAUGGGCGCUUGGUGCGAAUGAUCGACGCGCGAUUCGUCUUCUUGCGAGGGGUUUACGAGGCGCACUCGAAGUCCGAGGACGACAUUGUUUUUCCCGCGCUCGAGGCAAAGAGCGCGCUGCACAACGUGUCUCAUGCGUACACACUCGAUCACCAACAAGAGGCCACGCUCAUCGCCACCGUCGUCGAACUCAUCGCCGAAAUGCGAUCGUCCGUCAUGGGUGAGACCGGUUCGAAGAAGGGUUUCCGAGAAGGUCUCGUGAGCGACAUUCAACAGGCGUGCGUGGCCAUGCGCGUGUCGCUCGAGACGCACGUCGCCAAGGAAGAGUCGGAGCUUUGGCCGCUCUUCGAGAAACACUUUAGCUUUGAGGAACAGGAGAAAAUCGUGGGCAAAAUCAUCGGCAGAACGGGAGCGGAAGUCUUGCGUUCGAUGCUCAUGUGGGUGCGAGGAUCUAUGAAUGAUGACCAGCGCGAAGGGAUGAUUUCGUCCGUGCGGCACGCGACGCAGAAUACGCGCUUUGCACAGUGGAUGAACACGUGGUACAGCGGCAAGGACAUCGAGCCCGCUGGAGAUGACUGGGUAAAGGACGGGGAAGUAAAGACAGACGCAAUCGAAGACGCGGCAAAAGACGGGAUGCAACAGGUGCACGCCUUUCUCAGCACUCGAAAAGGAGAGCAAAACUUGGAUAAGGAGACGUUUAGACCGGGAUGGGAAGAUAUUUUCCGUAUGAAUCAGAUUCAGCUUGAAGACGCCGUGCGCGCUGUGAAUCGAGACGACACGAUCGAGCCGACGAAGAAAGCCUACCUCAUUCAAAACUUGUUGGCAUCCAGAUGGAUCGUCGGAAAUCAGUUGCAGGCACAAAAGGACAAGUCGGGUGGCGGCGAUAGCGCCCCGUCGACGAUUUGUGAGCCCGUCGAGGCAGGGGCGGUGCGCAAGGACGGUUGCCGCCACUACGAACGCCGUUGCCAAAUUGUUGCGCCGUGCUGUAACCAGGCAUUUACGUGUCGGUUCUGUCACGACGACGCGAGCGAUCACACCGUGAACAGAUAUGCGGUGAAGGAGAUGAUUUGCACCGAGUGCUCGACCAGGCAGCCGGUGAACGAUAAAUGUGUCAACUGCAGCACGGUGAUGGCGAAGUAUCACUGUCGAGUGUGCAAUCUUUUCGACAAUUCGAGCGUGGCCAUAUAUCAUUGCCCGUUUUGCAACGUAUGUCGACGAGGAAAGGGUCUCGGCGUCGAUUUCUUCCACUGCAUGAAUUGCAACGCCUGCGUGAGUUUACAGCACGGUAAACACGAGUGCUCCGAGCGAGGGAUGGAUAGCGAGUGCCCCGUGUGCAAGGAGUUCCUCGCCGACUCCGAGACACCGGUCAAGGAACUGCCGUGUGGGCACUUGAUGCACGCGACGUGUUUCGCCACGUAUACGCGUCACUACUAUACGUGCCCUCUGUGUCGCAAAUCUCUCGGAGACUUUUCAGUGUACUUCAGAAUGCUUGAUGCGAUUCUGGCGGAUGAGAGCGAUGACGGCACGCCGGAAUCUGUUCGGGAUAAGACGCAAAGAGUUUUGUGCAAUGACUGUGGAAAAGAAUCGGACGCGAAGUUUCACUUCGUUUAUCACGCGUGCGCGCACUGUCGCAGCUACAACACACGCGUGCUCACGUACUGA